AUGAUUGCAGUGCUUUGUAAUUUACAGAUAAGUCAACAGAAGCAAAAUAUGUAUACAACUGGCAUAUGCCAAGGUCAAUGUAUGAGUGAAAGUUGUGUCUAAGCCUAAAUUUGGUUUUGAAUGAUAACUGCAAUCCAGAUGUGGGAUAGCUAUGGAAGAUGGCUACUAAUGACCCAGGAGCGAAUAGCUCUAUCAGUUCCAGCUCUGGUUUCAUGGCAAGUUUUGUUAAGUUUGUGCAAGGCAAGGCAAGUGGUGGCAAUGCACCUGGUGCUGUUGUCAGUGAUGCCUCUGUUGAUCAACAUGGUGGAGACAUUAAACCCAUUCAAGUGAACUUCUCAGAGAAGGCUUCAUUGUCAGUAGACAAAGAGUUGAGUGGCUACCUCAUGGAGUCACAGUCAUCAGAGAGCCUGAAGAUUGAAAUUAAUGAAAACUAUGGUGAUUCAAAAAUAGGAGUGAAAAGUGAUGAGAAUCCUACAAAGAAACAUUGUGAACAGAAUGAUAUCAAGGUGUCACCUGAAGAGGGAUUUAAAUCCUCCUCUGCUGAUUUUAGCAAUUCCUCUUCACAUGAAUUCUCCUCACCACUAGUUCCCUCAGGAACUCCUAAGCGAGGAGGGAAGAGAGGGCGAAAGCGCAAAGGAGAAGCACCUCAUCCACCUGUUCCUGCCAGGGUUCUGCCAAGGAGAGAGUCAUCCAGCAGACGAGCCAAGGAGAAAGUAACUGCUCUCAAAUAUGUGCCUGAUUCAGAAGUCAAUGAUCCUGAUGAUCCAAAGGAUCCUUCACUAGAUGUUGAUGACUUUGAAGAUUCAGACUCUGAUCCUGCAUGGACUCCUUCUGAAAGGGCCCAAGCAAAGGGCAAGGGCUACAGUGAGUCAGAUGAGGAAGGGACUCCAAGGCGCAGGGGACGGCCUCCUAAGAAUCGUGCUGGACAUCACAAAAAGGUCAAGAGGCCCUUGGGUUCUCACAGGGGAAGUGAUGCCUCUGUCAUGCCCAAUUCCAUUGAAACCCCCACUGUGCCAGCUCCAAUUACACCUGUAUAUCAUGAAGUGGAUGCCCCGGGUAGCAUGUUUCGGAAUGGGAACUUUGUUGUCCUGAAGGCUGACCUUGAGAAGCUAGAAGAUCUCUAUCCCAUCUGGAGAAUAGAUGGUAAGAAUCUAUUACAGAAAUUUGCACCAGUGAAGAGACCUGAUGGCAGCAUUUUCCACAAAAAGGAUUCCAGUUACUCAUGCUGGACCAACAGCACAAGGCACCAGUAUGAACCAGUGGAUGUUCGAAUCCUGACCAACUUUAAAAAUGAAGCAACUGUGGAAAUAAUCCUCCCUCACUUCCUCAAGGACAGAGAAGUGGCCAUGAAGGAGACUGACAAGUAUUUGGAAAACUUUGAAGUCUACAUUCAGUCUCUCAUCUCACAGGCCCUGGAUGGCACAUUCUUUUCAGAGAUCUACAAAGAUAGAGAUGAAUACUUUGUGUCCAAUAUAGAGAUGAUAGAUGAUGUUUGCAUGGAACGGCAAAAAGGCCUAUUGUCAUUGGGGAAGUGGUCUCCAGCCUUCUGCAAGGCUAUCAAUGCCUGGCCCCGCAUCAAUGUGGUAAACCAGGCACCAGAACAAGGGUCCACUUGUGAAGCUUGUGGACGCUCUUCUGUCACUAGCCUAGUCCAGAUGUAUGGCCAGAUGUAUGACCCCAAGUCCCUCCACAAUAUCUGUCCUGACCCUGAGAUGGAAAACCUCAAAUCAUUCAAGAUAUGUGAGAUGUGUACAAGGCUGGUGACACUCUAUGGGCGCAUCGUCCACUUGAAGUAUGACCUGUACAGCCGGUGUGCAACUCGUGUCACAGGACAUCGUCAGGCCAAGCCCAAUCAUGAGACCACAGAGAUUCUUAACCAAUUGCUUGGUGAUGAUGCCUGGAUCUCCUUGCUGUUCAAGGAAGCUCAGAAGUUAUGGGCUCAAGCCGACUGCCAUCUGAGGUGGCGGGACAAAUCCAAUUCCAAACCUGUGACUAAGCGAUUGGUCUUCAAUGUCCGGCAGCAUCUCGGCCAGCACAUCCUCGCAAUAAUUAGCGGAAUCGAUCUUCACUCCGCGCUGCACCAAGAUGAGACAGGUCUUGCCGACAGUCGAAACCGCAGCAGCUACCAACACACCGUCGCCGACACGACGGGACGUCUCUUCCUCCUCACGUUGCAUAAACCCUGUCGUUUUGCGAAUUAUUUGGCCUUUGAACAGUGA